UUCAAAUCGUAUUGUUGAGACAAAAUGGGGACUGCUCGGCUGCUUCAGUUCCCUCCCUCAUCCACUGCGCCAUCGCCGCCGCCACUUUUACUUCCAAACCGUCGCAACACUCUCCUUCCUGGCGGCACUUGGUGUCCUUCCACCGGCCACGGCGGCCGCAGUGGUAGGCCCGACUGGGUCUCCAACGCCGAGAAAACUCACCGAGCCGAGCGAUUUAGGUUCAAUUACGAAGACGAUGUAGGCCGCGAAAACGACGUCGGAGGUGGGUUUGGUUUUCGAGAAGGUGCGAAGAAGAGGGUCUGGUGGUCCGAUGAGGAUAUGGACGACGACGACGACGAUGAUAAAGGAGGGUUUGGGGGUUUGGAAGAGGCCUUGGACACGUCCUGGAUUCUUAAGAUUUUGAAUGCCUUAGGUUGGAUGCUUCCGGCCAUUGGCAUAUCAAUGCUACUGGGCACAGGACCAAACCCUUUCUUGAUGGCAUUAGUGCUUCCCUUAGCUCAGUCAGCUGUUUCCUUUGCAAUAGAUACUUUCUGGGGGAAGCCAAGUAGAAGCACUAAGCCAAAGGGCAGGACGAAGAAGAAACCCUUUUCUAGAGCUGCAAGUAGUAUGAGAACGAGUGAGGACAGAGAUGACUUUGAGUCUGGCAAUGUAAGGGAGAGUUACCAGUCAUGGACUGCAGCAAAUGAUAUUUCUACUAAACAAACCAGCGACAAGAGGGCUUCUAGCUUUGGGGGAUGGGACGAGCUAGACAAAAGCGUGGGAUCUUAUAAAGUCCCCAAAAGAGCUCCAACUCAAAGGGAAAACGAGCCACAGCAACAGAAGAGAGGUAAACUAAGCAGGAGAGUAAAAAAUAGAGAGACACCAUUGCUUCUAAGACUCUUGAUUUCUGUUUUCCCGUUCCUGGGAUCAUGGACCAAGUUGUUGUGAAUCUGUGAUAACAACCUGUACAUUCUUGCUGGACUUGGAGUGGUAUGAAAUCUACAAAGAGGACAACAUCUGCGAAUAGUUGACAAUGAAAGUGCCGGAUACAGAAGCAGCCAAAAAAAAAAAAAAACAUGCACAGAUGUUGUGUUCCACAGGUUGCAGCCGGGAUGGUGAGGGCAAUGAAGCAUAAGUUUGAGGCUAGUCUGAAUUCACGACAAGCUGGAAGCAUAAAUUUGAGGCUAGUGUGAGUUUUUGAUAAGCUGGGGCAGGGCUGUGGUUGGCUUUUUCUGUAUUUUCAUAUGGUUCAUAUUGCACAGCAGUGUGGGGUGGCCUUGAAUUUUUAAUAGCCACAUUCUCAUGAAUUGUUCUUAUUUUUAUGAAACAAAAUUUAUUUCAGUGUAUGGUGGGAGACAAAAUAUUCAGAAGGAUAUUUACCCACUUUUUAUGCCAAAUUUUGCCAAAUUUUUUCCUCUGUUUCGUAUGCGUAUAAAACAUGCCAGAAUGUGAGUAUUUGUAUGGUAAAAUUCUGAAACAUUAGUGCUAA